AUGCCUGCUCCCGACCAACAAACCCGGCGCCGCAUGGCGAGCACCGGACUGAGCGUUUGCGACGAUGCAAGAACAUGCAACGGCUACGUAAUUUAUGCCCCGAUGAGCGGCAGCGGCCAGGUUUACCUGAUAGAUGGGCAGGGCAAGGAAACACAUCAAUGGAAUUUGCCCCAUCCUCCGGGUUUGUACGGGUACCUGUUGCCCAAUGGCAACCUGUUCUACGGCGGAAAGACCCGGGACGAGACCUGGGAGCGAUUUCCCUCCUGGAAGCGGUUCAAGGGGGGCGCGAUGCUGGAAGUGGACUGGCAGGGCAAUGCAGUUUGGGAACAUUACGACCCGGAGCACCACCACGACGCGCGUCGCACCCCGGAAGGAGGCGCCAUUUACCUGACGGUGGAGUUGAUGGAUCCUGGCCUGGCAAGCAAGGUUCAGGGCGGAGUUCCCGGAACGGACGCCGAGGGUAUGUGGGCUGAUGUGAUAGUUGAAGUGGACGCCGACGGCAAUCGGGUGUGGGAGUGGCAUGCGGCAGAACAUUUGGACCCCGACCGCCACGUCCUUACAUUCAAUGACCUGCGGGAUGAAUGGAGCCACGGCAAUACGGUAGCGCCCCUGGAUGGCGACCGGGUAAUGUUCAGCUUCCGCAAUAUAUCAACGGUUGGAAUCAUCGACAAGAGGUCGGGGGAAAUUACCUGGCAACUGGGCGAUACGGUCUUGGCGCAGCAGCACGACCCCAAUUUGCUGGCCAACGGGAACUUUCUCAUUUACGACAACGGUUCCCACCGGAAGCAUACUGGCCUGCCCUUCUCCAGGGUAAUCGAGGUUAAUCCGGCCACCAACGAAAUCGUGUGGCAAUACCAGGACUCGCCGGCUUACAACUUUUUCAGUCCCUAUAUUUCGGGGGCCCGGCGGUUGCCCAACGGAAACACCUUGAUUACCGAGGGCAUGUUUGGGCGAAUUUUCCAGGUGACUCCUGAGGGCGAGGUGGUCUGGGAAUUCAUAAAUCCUUACUUUUAUGCAGACGCCGAGGGCCAGGUAGUGAACCGGGUAUUUCGGUCCACUUUCUAUACGCCCGAAGAAGUGCCCAAUCUCUAG